CAUUACCAGUCAACUUUUUCCUUUUCACUAUUCAGUUUUACGUGUGCUUUAUAUAAGUUGAAUUAUUCAUAAAGUUACGUAUUUGUUUUUUUAAAACGUGUUUAAAAAUGGAAGGACAAAGCUAAAGAUAAAUGUACAGCGAGGAAAUUUAUAGUUUUCUGAAGACCAAAAAGUUACAUUAAGGUAGUCUAAAAAAACAAAAUGUCGUCUUCAGGGAUAUCUAAAUAUAACACAGUGAAGACAAAGGUAAGAGGAUGUCUUUUCGCCAGUACGUUUGUGGCGGAAAGUUUUCGCGGCACAAUGAUUGGAAUAAUAAUAACAGUGACAUUGGCUGAGAUAGUCGCUUACAGACUUCUCAAACAGAAUAAUAAAGCUGGAGAUCUGCCCCAUUAUCUACCAGAUUUAUUAAUACUUCUCUUGGCCUUGUUGGAAGCAAUGUUGUCUCCAUUCAUUGGGUGGGUAGGCAGCAGCCGGCGACGAGGAAUGGUGGUUACAGCUUGUCUCGUCUCCGGAGUUAGUGCUCUGCUGUUAUUUGCUCUGCCUAAAGUAACUGUCCCUGAAAGUGUUGGAUACUGUAACGGUAAUAAUACGGCUCCAGAAUUGGGACUAACUCCCAGUACCCCGUUCAGAUUGUCUAUCAUUCUCUUCACUUUCAUAGUCUUCGGAAUUACAAGGGUUAUUAUUAUUUGUCACGGUAUUAUUUAUAUGGACAAUCGUUCACCUACUAGAUUAAGCAUGCAUUAUGGUGUUCUUUCAACUUAUCGUCUCAUGAGUCUGGUCGUCGCUUACAACGUUUUAACACCUAUCGUGGAGACAAAUUUGACUGUUCAGAUUUUGCUGAUAGCCAUCGGUAUGACACUCAGCGGUAUCCAAGUGUAUCUGAGCACUCCAAAACUCAACGAAGAGGAGGAAGAACCAAGAAUCAUCACGAAUGAUAUAAGUGAGACUUCGCCUUUCGUUUCUAACGUCACCAAGUCGUCUAACUUGGGAUUUGGUUUUGCUUCCAGUGUAUACAGGGUGUUUUCCAACACUUUGAUAACAACGCAGAUGGUCGCCAUGGGUCUGAUAGCGGCUGCAGUCUGGGGCUUCGCUUACCACCAGACUGACUACCUCAGGGCAAAGUACUAUCUACAUUUGGAUAGAAAUGGUGCGUUUAAUAAUGCUGAGAUGUUACGUUACCACGCUGUCGUACUGGCAGUAGCAUAUAAAGGCUUGAGGUUCACGCCACCGUUAAUGCCGAGUAUCAUCAGACUCGACGUACUAAAGCAUACAGCUACAAUGUGCUUCUUCUCCAUAAUCGCAUACGUUGCGUUAAUGUUGGCGACUAACUGCAACACAGGCAGCAUGGCCGGUCUGCACGGGAACCAUUACAUUCAACCACAGUGCAGUCAGACUUGUGGAUGUGCCCCGCAAUGGCAGGAAUUCGCACCAGUGUGCGUAGCUGAUCAGAUGACGACGUAUAUGUCACCUUGUCACGCCGGUUGUUCCGGUAUAGAGGAGGUGGACGGCUUGCAAGUAUUCACCAAUUGCACUUGUACUACGUCCUAUCAUGCUAUCAAAGGGCCCUGCAGUACUAACUCCUGCACCGGAGCUUACCAGUUUCAUCAAAUGUUGUUCGCAAUGCUACUAUCUUUUGCCGCAUUGUCUUUCCAAGCGCAAGGCACUUUACUACUGCGUAUAGUGGAGCCACGCGACAAGUCGGUGCUGCUCGGGCUGGCCGGCGGCUUCAUAGCUCUCUUCGCUUUUGUCUUCGGACAUCUUAUAUUUAUUAGAAUAAGCGAAACGAAUUGUAUUUGGUGGCAAGGUGGUAGAUGUCAUCUGCACAGCAAGCAGCAUCCUUACUCUAUGGUAAUUGCCAGUGGUAGCAUGGUACUCUUUGCCUUCAUCAUCACCCUCACCAGUGUCGUCUGCAUCAAGCUGGCGGACAGGCGUCGCGCGAAAACUACUCAAGUGGAAUUAAUCAGCGAAUCACAAAUCACGAGAUAGUAUUUAAUAAGCUUAU